UGUGUGCCCCUGGGUGCGCCGUUCAGAGCUGGUCUUGCACCAACAAGACCUGGUGAAGGGGCUGGUGGUUGUCACAGUCCGGGCUGAGCCUAAAAUACCCGGUGGUAUCGCCUGGGUCAGGCACAUUGGGUUUAAGUAGAGACAUUUUAAGUGGUAACUAUAGUGGUUUGGGGCUGUGAGCGAAACUUGCUGAGAAACACUUUGUGAAGGUGCCAGAUUCCCUCCUGCUUGCUGCCUUCCAACCAGCGUGCUUGACACGGGGCUUUCAUGUCAGCAGGGGCCCUUCCUUCUGCCUUGCAGAGUGUGAGUGGAGCGGGCAGCCAGGGAGACGGGGCCUUCUCCACAACCAUCACUUGUCAUUCCUUUGUCUUUAGGAACUAAACGAACUCGGGGCAGUGUGGGAACAUUUCCCUUUGCCAAAGGCUUCUCUGCCUAGGUGCUGUGGUGACGUCCUCAGCCACGGCCCUGCGCCGCUCUCCGGGGGUGUCAGGCGAGGAAAGGAUUCCUGCUUGGAGCCCCCGUGGGGUGACGUGGCUCCUGGCCAGCGCUGCUCAGCACGACAGGUUCACAGCUGUGCCAGGGCUCUGAGCUCCUUGCUUCAGGGACAGGGCCAUGGCCAGCGACCCCCCGCCGCCGUACCCCGGCGGCCCCUCGGCCCCGCUGAUGGAGGAGAAGCACGGCCCCCCCGCAGCGGCAGACGGCGUCACCCCCGUGGUGGGACAACCCCAGGGGGUCCCCAUCCCCCCGCCUGAGUUCGGGCCCCCCCCGUACGAGCCGCCCUCGCAGCCGGGGUUUGUGCCCCCCCACAUGCCCACAGACAGCGCCGGGCCCUACGUGCCGCCGGCAGGUUACUACCCGCCCCCAGGCCCUCACCCCCCCAUGGGCUACUACCCUGCCCCGGGACACUACCCCUCUCCCGGCGGCCACUCGGCCACGGUGCUGGUCCCGUCCGGAGCCGCCACCACCGUGACGGUGCUGCAGGGGGAGAUGUUCCAGGCCGCCCCGGUGCAGACGGUGUGUCCCCACUGCCAGCAAGCCAUCACCACCAAGAUCACCUACGAGAUCGGGCUCAUGAGCUUCCUCCUCGGCUUCUUCUGCUGCUUCGUGGGGUGUGACCUGUGCUGCUGCCUCAUCCCCUGCCUGUUCGACGACUUCAAGGACGUGACGCACACGUGUCCCAACUGCAAGGCUUACAUCUACACCUACAAGCGCAUGUGCUGACGGCCCCAGCGCGGCCCCUCGGCUUCGCCCCGCGUCCCGGCCCCGCCGCAGCUCUGCUCCCCGCGGGGCCGGCUCCGGGGCAGGCCGGGGAGGGAGCGGGGCGCUGAGGGACGGAGCUGUGCCCCCCGCGCCGUGCUGGGCCCCAGCCCCGCCGCAUGUGCCGCCCCCCGGGCAGCCCCGGCCCUUCCCUGCCCACUGCAUCCCGCUCGCAUGAGGCUCCCGCCGCCGCCCCCGCCGGGGUCUCCCCGUGCAUGUGGGAGAGGGGUUUAGUUGUAGCUGAGCGCCGGGAGCCCCGUCCCUGUCCCGCGGGGCUGGGGCAGCUCCUCCCCGGAGGGGGCUGGGCAGGGGCCCCAACACAGCCCCCCGGCCCGGGGGCUGCUCCCGGCUCACGGGUGGAACCGCAGCACUGCUCAGUGUUUUUAUGUAAAUAAAUGACCAACCCUC